AUGUCCGGCUCCCCGGGCACAGGUGGCUCAAACCCCAGGAAGUUCAGCGAAAAGAUAGCGCUGCACAACCAGAAGCAAGCAGAAGAGACGCGGGCCUUUGAACAGCUGAUGACAGACCUGACAGUUUCAAGGGUGCAGUUUCAGAAAAUCCAGCAGCUUCGCUUGUCUCAGCCACGGGUGCAGUACUACGGAGGCUCCCUGCCCAAUGUCAAUCAGAUCGGCAACGCCAGCUCUGAAUUUCAGGGUGGCUUCCCUUCAGGAUUGGACUCUGUCAGAGGGACCCGCCACCACGGGCUGGUCGAGAGGGUCCAUAGGGACCGCAACCGUAUCAACUCUCCGCAUCGCCGACCCAUCGACAAGCAUGGACGGCAGAUGGAGAGCUCUCCUUAUGGAGCAGUGUACCUGUCCCCACCUCCGGACAAUAACUGGAGAAGAACCAAUUCAGACUCUGCUCUCCAUACGAGCGCUAUGAACCCAAACCCUCAGGACCCCUUUGGCAUGAACCAGCAGAUGGGUCGAGGUCCCCCCCAGCGAAAUGCCAGUGUGAAUGAGGCAGAGGUGGAUGGCUCCGGAGACGUGUUUUCCUUCCCCACCCUGGCUAACGAGGAGAGUCUAAUAGGUGUCAGUAAGCCCCUUCCCAAGCAGCUGUGGGAGGCCAAGAAGGUCCAGUCUCUGGCAUCGAGGCCUAAAUCCUGUGAAGUGCCUGGAAUCAAUAUAUUCCCAUCUCCGGAGCAGAACCCCGGUCUGUCCCACUACCAGGGCUCGUUAAACACCGGCGGCUCCCUGCCCGACCUCAGCAACCUUCACUUCCCCUCCCCGCUCUCCACCCCGCUGGACCCUGAGGACAACGGAGGGUAUCCCAACCUCAGCGGAGGCAGCAGCACCGGAAACCUGCCGGCCGCCAUGAUGCACUUAGGCAUCGGCAACUCACAGGGACUCUCCUCCUCUCUGAGCAAUCCCUCAAUUCAGGCGUCCCUCAACAACUGCCAGCUGCAGUCCUCGCUCAGCAAUCCCUCCAUCAACUCAUCCCUGCGUCUGUCCAGCAAUUCCCCCCGGCGACGGCCCGCACCCAUCAGCCCCCUUACCCUGUCUCCAGGCGCUGAGCAGCGCAGGGGUCUGGCCAAGCAGCUGUCUCCCACCAUGUCCCCUUCACUGUCCCCCAUCACACAGGGAGUUGCUUUGGAUACCAGCAACAUGCCAAGGGAGCCGCCCCCACCCUACCCACUCUACCAACAAUCCCAGCACGCAGUGGACCAGAGCCGACAACGCCAACAGCAACACCAGCACCAGCACCAGCAGCAGUCACAACAACAACAACAGCAACAGCAGCAACAGCAACAGCAGCCUGUCUCCCCUCUUCAGAGCAUCCCACUGGACUUCAACACGAGCCAACACAACAAUAUGGCAACACUCUUCACUGACCCCUUCAUGGAGCCUCAGUUCUCCAAUCGCCAGAGCAAGACCCUCCCCUAUCAGUUGGACCAGUUCAGUCUGUUGGAAAACACAAUGAGCUCCACAGCAGGGGGUUCUUGCUUCGACCCUUCAUCCUCUUCCUCAUCGCUCUACUACUCUCAGGUUGCUCUCUCAGGACUGGGCGGCAGCCACGGCAGCCUGCACGACCCCAUGCACAUGAGGUCCAACAUGCUGUACUCCAACUGCAGCGGAGGACUACCCAACAUUAUACUCACCGAUGACUCCAACCCCAGUCUGUCAAAGGACAUCAGCAGCGCUCUCUCUACGGUGCCAGAGUGCUUUGACUCAGAGGGAGGCUUCCCGUUGGAGGACGAGCUGCGCAUCGAGCCCCUUAGCCUGGACGGCCUGAGCAUGCUCAGCGAUCCGGACAUGGUGCUACCGGACCCAUCUGUGGAGGAUACUUUCCGCAGUGACAGACUCUGAAUGUAAAGAUUGUCACAGGUUUCAAGGAAGAACACACACACACACAUGGAUUUGCAGUGUAUAGAGUGUACAGAUCUGAAUAUGCAUGCU